AUGUCUGUGGGGGCGCAGGGCAGCGCCGUGUCGGACCCCCAGCAUCCGGCCCGGCUGCUGCGGGCGCUGAGCUCCUUCCGCGAGGAGGGCCGCUUCUGCGACGCCCACCUGGUGCUGGAGGGCGAGGAGAUCCCGGUGCAGACCAACAUCCUGGCCGCCGCCAGCCCCUACAUCAGAACAAAGCUGAACUAUAACCCGCCCAAGGACGAUGGCUCAACUUAUAAAAUCGAACUUGAAGGGAUAUCUGUGGAAAUUAUGAAAGAGAUAUUGGACUACAUCUUCAGUGGUCAGAUCAAGCUAAAUGAAGACACCAUCCAGGAUGUCGUGCAAGCUGCUGACCUUUUGCUGCUUACGGACCUAAAAACCCUGUGCUGCGAGUUCCUAGAGGGUUGCAUUGCUGCUGAGAACUGUAUUGGAAUCCGGGACUUUGCAUUGCACUAUUGCUUGCGUCAUGUUCAUUACCUGGCUUCUGAAUACCUGGAAACGCACUUCCGGGACGUCAGCAGUUCAGAGGAGUUCCUGGAACUGAAUCCUCAGAAAUUAAAAGAAGUGUUGUCCUUGGAGAAGCUCAAUGUUGGAAAUGAAAGACAUGUUUUUGAAGCGGUCCUUAGAUGGAUCUCCCAUGAUCCUGAAUUAAGAAAGGUUCAUAUGAAGGAUGUUAUGUCAGCCGUAUGGGUAUCUGGGCUGGACUCUGCUUACUUGCGUGAGCAAAUGAUGAGCGAGCCGUUGGUACGGGAGAUUGUCAAAGAAUGUAACAACAUUCCACUCACGCCACCACAGCAAGGGGAGGCGAUGCUGGCUUCCUUUAAACCCAGAGGGUACUCAGAGUGCAUUGUGACUGUUGGUGGCGAAGAAAGAGUUUCCCGAAAGCCAUCGGCAGCAGUGCGAUGUAUGUGCCCUCUCUAUGAUCCUAACAGACAACUCUGGAUAGAUCUGGCCCCUAUAAGUUCACCCAGGAUAAAUCAUGGAGUACUUUCAGCUGAAGGGUUCCUGUUUGUACUCGGAGGUCAAGAUGAUAACAAAGCCACUUUAAAUUCUGGGGAGAAGUAUGAUCCAGAUACGAAUUCAUGGAGCCCUCUGACACCAAUGAAUGAGGCACGGCACAACUUUGGGUUGGUGGAGAUCGAUGGUGUAUUAUAUGUCCUGGGAGGCGAGGACGGAGAGCGGGAGCUCAUCUCCAUGGAGUCCUACGACAUUUAUAAUAGGACUUGGACAAAGCAGCCGGACCUGACCAUGAUUAGGAAGAUUGGUUGCUAUGCAGCUAUGAAAAAGAAGAUCUAUGCAAUGGGCGGUGGUUCAUACGGCAAACUUUUUGAAUCUGUUGAAUGUUACGACCCGAGAACCCAGCAGUGGACCGCUAUUUGUCCGUUGAAAGAGAGAAGGUUUGGAGCCGUGGCAUGCGGUGUGGCUUCAGAGCUCUAUGUCUUUGGUGGAGUGAGAAGUCGAGAUGAUAACCAGUCCAGCGAAAUGGUGACUUGCAAAUCAGAAUUCUAUCACGAUGAAUUUAAAAGGUGGAUCUACUUGAGUGAUCAGAACUUAUGCAUCCCCGCUAGUUCUUCGUUUGUGUAUGGAGCGGUGCCCAUUGGUGCUAGCAUUUAUGUGAUUGGAGACCUUGACACAGGAACCAACUAUGAUUACGUUCGAGAGUUUAAAAGAAGUACUGGGACUUGGCACCACACAAAGCCGCUGUUCCCUUCGGAUCUUCGUCGUACUGGAUGUGCAGCUUUGCGUAUUGCGAACUGCAAGCUCUUCCGACUGCAGCUCCAGCAAGGGUUGUUCCGCAUUCGAGUCCCUUCUCCUUGAGAGAUCUUGAGAAAGCUGAAGAGAAGAGAACAUCCCGAGAGGAUCCAGCGUAACAAAAUAGCUUUAUCUACAAAAGCAACAAACAUCUUGCUUCAGACACUUAGACUGUGUAUGCUCAGCUUGGGUAUGGUAACUGUUCUAACUUGGUUUUUUUAAUUAAACACACACACACACACACAACUGCUUAAAUGCUUAAGCCUCAAUAUAUUGGGGGGCAAAUUAUCAUACAGUGGCAAAUGGCCUAGGAGAAGCCUUCUGUUCUUUUUAUCUAAAGAUACUGAACCGUGCUCAUGAAGGAAUUCCUUUGCUUCAAACAAAGACGGAAUAGGUUAAUAAAAUGGGGGAAAAUAAGAGAGGCGCAUUUCCGCCAAGGGGAAUUGUUCUAAAUAACUGUACUGCCUUGACGUUGGUUAGCGUUGAUGACCUUAUAAAUACUGUAUGAAAACCAAUCUCACUAGUAUGCCAAAAGAGACUGUUAACUCCACUGUGGAGAGAAAAAGAUGGGCAAUUGCACCUUUAUUACAAGGCCUUCCUUACAAUUUAAGGUCUGUGCCUGAAAGUGUAGAAUUGUACAUACGUCAUUUUCAGUAUUUUUUUUUUCAUUGCUAAUAAUCUUUUUUUAAGAACUUCUAUUUAAA